AUUGGUGUAUGACAUGUGUAAUGCAUCUCCUAAACCACAUACCGAGAGGCUGUUCAACGCGAUUGCAAAGUUUUUGGAAGAUUGUACUUCGAGAAUUUGUAUGUCUAUUCUGAAACAUAAUGACAUAGUGACCGCAUACACUACCGAAUGGGAGCAUUACAGACUGGCCAGUUAUUACUCGAGUCUAAUGUGCGAUUAUCUCAAUGGCCAUAUUAUCAAAGUAAAAGACGGAGGCAUUCCGGGCGCAGAGCGUCGCCAAAUUGUUGGUGAUGGGAGAUACAGGAGACAAACUAUUCAAGCGUUGGCUCACUAUAUCUGGAAAGAACGUGUAGUAUACACUAUCAAGACUGCUCACGGAAACCGUUUGAUGCAUCAGAUAUUCGAGUUGAUUUGUAGAGAUCGCGAUGGCGAAGAUAGUGUUCCAGACGGAGUUCAGAAGGCUAUCGCUUCAUUAGUUCAAUUGAAUUCCUUGACAGACAGACCGCUGUAUUUGUACGUUGAGGAGUUUGAGAAUCCGUAUUUAAAGCAGACCAGGAAGUAUUAUGAACGGGAAGCAGCAGCAUUUAUUUCCAGCAAGAGCAUUUCCGAGUACAUGAAGCAGGCACAUCUGAGAUUGGAACAAGAGGCAGCCAGGAACAGUAAAUAUUGUCAUCAUACAUCACAUGAGACAAUAAUAAAAGAAUGUGAGACUCAGUAUGUUGCCUUGUAUCAAUCACGUAUUCAUGCUGAGUUUGAAUCUAUGGUAGCCAAUGAGAAAUAUGAAGCUUAUGCUCUUUUAUCGCGUAUACCUGGCGGAGUUAGCAAACUGUUGGAGACUUUUGAGCAAUAUGUGGCAAAUCUUGGAAAGAAACUGAUAAUUAAUAUGGGAAACUCGAUAGCAAAGGAUUCUCGGGACUACGUAGAAUCAUUAGUAUCACUGCAUACAAAGUAUUCCCGCAUAUGUCAAAAAGUCUUCUCUAAUGAUUCCGCCUUUGUUGCUGCAUUGGACAAGGCAUUCCGUACUGUAGUCAAUGACUCGUCUAUGAAUCCAGCUGCACUCGCUCCAGAAGUGCUUGCUAGGUAUUGUGACUAUAUGUUGAGGAAAAAUCAACGUGCUGGUCUCACUGAGAAUGAUGCCGAAGAGAGAUUAAGCCAAGCGAUUAUACUUUUAGAAUAUGUUGACGAUAAGGAUAUAUUCCAGAAGUUUUAUUCCCGCAUGCUAGCGAAGAGGCUUAUUUAUAACACUUCUUCAUCUGAAGAAACGGAAGGCAACAUGAUAUCAAGAUUGAAGGUUAUAUGUGGUGUGGAAUAUACUGGUAAAUUGCAGCGUAUGUUCACAGAUGUCACAGUCAGUACCGACAUUAAUAACAACUUUAACGAUUUCCUCGGUCAAAGUUCACUCUCGCUUGAUGUUGAUUUCGGGAUACUUGUGUUGACCGCCGGCGCAUGGCCACUGACUCAAGUAGCAGCUAUUGAAUUUCAAUUACCAUCUGAGUUAGAAAAGAGCGUAUCCUACUUCACCACGUUCUACAACAAUCACCACAGUGGAAGGAAAUUGACGUGGCUAUGGCAUUUAUCAAAAGCUGACGUCAAAUUGACUUAUCUCGACAGAAGAUAUGAAUUCUCUGUAUCAUUACAUCAACUGGGUGUAUUACUUUUAUUUAAUAAUGUUGAUGUAUUGACACUAAAAGACAUCAAAGAACACACUCGAUUAAAUGAUGCCGAAGUGAGGAGAAUUAUUAAACCGUUAGUAGAUCUCGCAGUAUUUAUAGUUGAGCCAGGCGCAAUUACCGAUGAUAGCGAACUUCGAUUAAAUAUGAAAUUCACAAACAAAAGAACAAAGAUCAAAAUAACUUCGUCUCUGCAAAGCGACAGUCCACAGGAAUCGGACGUCACUCACAAAUCUGUCUACGAAGAUAGAAAGUUCUACAUACAGGCUAUAAUUGUCAGAGUGAUGAAGUCUCGCCGUGUAUUGACUCAUGCCCAACUAGUUAGCGAGGUUAUUGUCCAGGCAAAGUCACGCUUCUCUCCCGACAUACAAAUGAUUGACAAUUGUUUGGACCAACUAUUAGACAAACAGUACAUUGGAAAAAGUAAAGAAAACAAGGAUACUUUCGUAUAUGUAGCAUAG